AUGGCUCGAAACAUGCUAAACAUUGCCAAGUAUGCUCGAACGAUACUGAAUCGCCAGCAGGCUCGAUACUAUUCGGAGGUUUCGGCACAAUUCCCGAAAAUUACCACCCAUUACACAAUCCAUCCACGCGAUAAAGAUGCACGAUGGGGAGAGGUCGACAUGGAACGCUUCGUCGACGAAGCUGACAUCCUUAUCGUCGGUGGAGGCCCAGCAGGACUUUCGGCGGCUAUUCGUGCAAAACAGUUAGCUGCUGAAAAGGGCCAAGAGUUACGUGUAUGUCUAGUGGAAAAGGCAGCCGAAGUAGGUGGACACAUUCUGUCCGGAGCAUGUCUUGAUCCGGUCGCUCUGAACGAACUCAUCCCGGACUGGAAGGAACAGGGCGCUCCACUGAACACACCGGUAACGCAUGACAAAUUUUCCUACCUCACCGAAUCGGGCAAGCUCCCGAUUCCGAUCUUCCCCGGAUGGCCAAUGGACAACCGGGGGAACUACGUUGUGCGGUUAGGGCACGUUGUGGCCUGGCUCGGCCAACAGGCGGAAGCACUCGGCGUGGAAAUCUAUCCCGGUACGGCGGCAGCUGAACUACUGUUCCAUGAAGACGGUUCCGUCAAAGGUAUUGCGACGGGAGAUGUGGGCAUCGGUAAGGAUGGUGCACCGAAGGAUACGUUCGCACGUGGUAUGGAGCUGCACGCGAAAACCACCAUUUUUGCGGAGGGAUGCCGUGGCCAUCUUUCCAAACAGCUAAUGUCACGCUUCGGCCUGAACGCGGCAAACGAUCCCCAAACGUACGGUAUCGGAUUGAAGGAAGUGUGGGAAAUUAAGGCGGAAAAUCAUAAACCCGGUCUGGUGGAACAUACGAUCGGUUGGCCGCUGGACAAAAACACUUACGGGGGAUCGUUUCUGUACCAUCUGAAUGAACCGACGCCACUGGUUGCGGUUGGCUUUGUAGUUGGGUUGGAUUAUGUUAAUCCAUACCUGAGCCCGUUCCAGGAAUUCCAGCGCUUCAAAACGCACCCGAAAGUGCGCGAUACGUUCGAGGGCGGAAGUCGAAUUGCGUAUGGUGCACGUGCCCUGAACGAGGGAGGAUUUCAGAGCAUUCCUAAGCUAACGUUCCCGGGCGGAUGUUUGGUCGGAUGUGGUGCUGGUUUCAUGAAUGUGCCACGUGUAAAGGGGAGCCAUUAUGCGAUGAAGAGCGGUAUGUUGGCGGCCGAAAGUGCUUGCGACGUUGUCUUUUCUGGGGCAUCACAAGAGAAAGCUGGCCUGGAACCUAAGGACUACGCAGACCGUAUAAAAGAAUCGUACGUAUGGAAAGAUCUUUACAAGGUGCGAAACUCCCGUCCCAGCUUCCACACAGGACUUGGCCUGUAUGGAGGUGUUGCGUACAGUGGCUUUAGCAUCCUUGUUGGUGGUCGUGAACCGUGGACGUUGCACCAUGGAUCGCCAGAUCACACGCGGCUCAAACCUGCCAAGGAAUGCAAACCGAUCGAGUACCCAAAACCCGAUGGCAAGCUAACGUUCGAUUUACUGUCAUCGGUUGCGCUGACCGGUACCAAUCACGAGGGCGACCAACCAGCACAUCUUACGCUGAAGGACGACACUGUCCCGGUGAAGAACAAUCAUACCAUCUACGAUGGUCCGGAAGCACGGUUCUGUCCGGCCGGUGUGUAUGAGUACGUGGCGAACGACGAGGGCGGUAAUAUGAAGCUGCAGAUUAACGCCCAGAACUGCAUCCACUGCAAGACGUGCGACAUUAAGGACAUCACGCAGAACAUCAACUGGGUGGUACCGGAGGGUGGUGGUGGUCCAGCCUACAACGGUAUGUGA